CGCGCUGUCAGCUGUUGACAUUUGGCGUACGGUUUGCAUCAGCAGCACGCGCGUGUGAAGUGAAAAGUAUGAAAAACUAAUCCCGGAAAAGAAAAGCAAUUUUCCGCACAGCAAUAGCUGCCUGCUCCACUAUUUCCACUCGGCUGCGUGCUAUGGUAAUUGUUUGGAGACGUGUGUGCGUGCGUGUAUAGGGAAUAGUUUCGUUCAAAAUCCAUCACUGUAACACCGUCCCAACAUCCGGCAAACGUGUAGCAAAAUGUACCGCCUGAAGCCGGUGAUGAACCAAGACGUGGUCUGCGAGCUGCCUACCUGCAUGUACACCCUGAAGCCGGUCUGCGCGUAUUCGCACGAUCCGAAAGCGUUCAGUGCCGACAGUGCGACCGGACUGGCCGCGGCCGGACCCGUCGAUCCGAUGUCGAUCGAAAUUGAUAACUUGCUUCAAAAGGCCGAAAACGACGAGCUAAGAAUGUUGGCAGAACGACAGCAGCGGGUCCUGAAGCAGCUGGCAGAGCUGAAGAAGGAAAUUAUGGCCAUGCGCACCGAACUGAAGCUGAACGCAAAUGCCCCACCGGCCGUCCAACCGUCGACACCGCUCAAAUCGAAGGCUCAGCUCAAGGCAGAACCAAUCAAUCUCACCUGCUUGCAAGAUUUCGUGGUCAAUGCUAGUCCCGAGUACGUUCCGUACAGUUUGUUGGCGCUGAAGAAUCUGUGGAAGGAUAGGCUCAACCUGCUGGUGGAAUGUUUUACCCACUCGACCGUACCGAAGCUAAGCGAGGAAGCGCUCGCCUUCCAGAACGCUGUCACGGCCAGCAGAACGGCUGCAGCGAACCUGCCCCGUAUCAAGGUGACGUUAAUUUGGAAGAAUGUUGGAGCGUACACGGAAAUGAUUACGUCCCCCACGUCGUACGUGCCAAUCUGCGGUGAGGUGAACAUCCUUCGCUACCUGUCCCGCUGCGGCCCGAGCGAGUUCAACUACGAACAGCAGGACAACGUGGACGAGGUGGACUCCAUCCUGGACGCGUGCUAUCUGCUGCUCAACAAGCAGAACGUGAAGCAGCGCCAACAGAUCCUGCGUACGCUCGGCGCUAAGCUGGGCAAGGCGGCCGGUUUCGGCGGUGCGGACCUGUCCCUGUGCGACAUUGCGUUCACCAGCGCAGUCAAGCAGGUGCAGCGCACGGUUGCGAAGGACGUCAACCCGAACAUGCACAAGUGUAUGGGACGGGUGGCGGCCCUGGCGGGACUGUAGGAAUCCAGCCAUCCGCACCAGGCGCACCAGGCGGAUUAAGAUGUACGUGUUCGUGAGUGUUGAUCUCCCUUUAUCCGAUAUUUAUUUUCGGUGCAUUUUUACGCUAAUGAUUGUGCGGCUCUUUUCUUCCCUCUGCAAUUGCACAGCGGAAGGGAAGAGCGAUCGGUAGAAAGGAUGAAACACUUUAGCAGGAAGAUAGCCCGCAAACAGUUUUCGGUGGCGGUGGGAAGUAUCUAAAAGAAACGACCCUCUCCCCACCCAAGACUGGCCACCAGCAGCAAAUAAUAAAAAAACAAUUUUUAUUCGAAA